CUCGAGCCCAAGCGCAGGACACCAGCCUCCCCCCUGUCCUGUCACUGUCUCCGCUCCCCCCUUCCCUCCCCCCCCCUCCCUCCCCUCGGGCCUCGGGGGGCGGCGAUGCUGCUGCUGGCCAGCGACACGCAGGCCAAGGUCUCCGCGUGCCGCGCCAGCCUGGGGGUUGUGGACGCCCAGCUCGGGCAGGUGCUGGGGAAGCCGCUGGCGGAGGUCGCGAAGAAGCUGGCGCCGCUGGAGAGCGCGGAGCUGCAGGUGGGGCUCGCGUACGCAGCCGCCUCGCUGUAUUUCAGCCACCUGCAGACUGGGGGCACCGACCCGGCCUCCCACCCGAUUCGACAGGAGAUCGACAGGAUACAGGUGUACUUCAAGAAGGUCAGGUCGGCGAGGGACGAGCUCGCCGCCCGCCAGGCUGCCGCCACGCGUCUGCGCGUGGACGCAGAGGCCGCCAGGCGGAUGGUGCAGCACGUCGCCAUCGCGGCCGGCGCUGUCUCCCAGAGGCGAGCCGCGGCGGCGGCCGCGGCCAGCGCGCCGGCCGCCAGCGCUGUCGAGGAGGCUGCCCCAGCUCCGAGCGCUGGCGGAGGGCCCGCCGCGCCAGCCUCGGGCAGGCGCAAGCGGCGGCGGCCAGCUCCCACGGCGGAGCCGCCGCAGGAGGCGCACGAGGCGGAAGCUGCCGAGGCGGGCGACGACCAGCCCGGCAGCCGGGCGGGCGGGGCGGAGGAGGCCGAGGCGGCCGACGGGCAGCCUCCCUGCCAGGUCCCCCGGCGGCCGCGCAAGAAGGCGAAGGCGAAGGCGCGGAAGCGGGCGCGCCCCUAGGCAGCCCCUGGUGCGCCUCGCAGGCGCAGCCGCCUGCUCGCCGCGCGCGUCUGCCUCCCAUCGGUGGCCCGCCGUCGCCGCGUCGGCCGACGCCCCGAGCCGGCGUCGCAGCGGGGACGCGCGGGCGCCUGCCGCGGCCGCACGGCGCUUGCCGCCGCCGCUUGGCACCGCCGCCGAAGCGACCCG